UCCACUUCACCCCGGCUUCUAAAACUAAAAGGCAAAGUUCAUCUUAUCUUACUUCUCUGCUGCUAGCUGCUUCUCUUUGCUUUCUUAGCCCUGCAUUUACCUUAGAUAUUCCUUCAACCAUGGGGAGAAAGUUCUUUGUCGGUGGAAACUGGAAGAUGAACGGAAGCCUUGUUCAAAUCGAUGGGAUCUUGAAAAAUCUGCACGACAGUUCGUUAUCGGACGACACUGAGAUUGUGGUAUCCCCGCCUGCGCUAUACCUGUCAUAUGUGCGUAAAGCUGCCAAGCAGAACAUUGGAGUUGCCGCGCAGAACUGUUACAAGGUUGCAAGUGGUGCCUUCACUGGGGAGAUCAGCCCAGCUAUGAUAAAGGACAUCGGAUGUGAAUGGGUGAUUAUUGGCCAUUCAGAGAGAAGGAAUAUAUUCGGAGAAAAGGAUGAGCUCAUUGGUGAGAAGGUUGCCCAUGCGCUGUCCGCUAAUGUCAAAGUGAUCGCUUGUAUUGGAGAGCUUCUGUCAGAGCGUGAGGCUGGAAAGACUCAAGAAGUUGUUUUCAGGCAGAUCAAGGCUAUUGCAGAUAAGAUAUCUGAUUGGAGCAAGGUUGUGAUUGCAUAUGAGCCAGUCUGGGCCAUUGGGACAGGCAAGACAGCCACACCCCAACAGGCACAAGAAGUGCAUAACCAACUCAGAGCAUGGCUUAAGGAGAAUGUGUCUGUUGAUGUGGCCGAGUCAACACGCAUCAUCUAUGGAGGUUCUGUCAAUGCCAAAAACUGCCGAGAGCUUGCAGCGGAAGGUGACAUUGAUGGCUUCCUUGUGGGCGGAGCUUCCCUGAAGCCAGAGUUUGUACAAAUCGUUAACGCCAGACUAUAGGUAUAACUGGGAGUGCUAUCAGAGAUUACUCGAUGCUUGCAGAUGGACAGGUAGGGAUAGAUAUCUAUGGGAGGUAACAGGGAGCCGACACAGGAGGUCAAAACCCGCACGCAUCCAAUAUUUAGAGGAAGAUAAAAAAACGUUGAAAGAGUAAACCUUUGUAUGCUUUUCAUAAGCCUUAAGUAAAUAAAACUGUCUGCAAAUUAUCCAA